GCGUCUCUCAACCCCAAAGCCUCGGAACGCGAAGGCUGCCAAAGCGGAGGCGGGCGGAGACCUGGCCCGGGGGCGGCGGCCUAGUCCGGCACGGCAGAGCCCCCGCCUCCCGCCGGUCCCGAAGGCUGCAGCGUCGCGGGGAACCAGGCUCCCGCCGGCAGCAGUUGCGCCGAGGGAGUCCAGGCGGGCAGAGCGCCAUGAGGGCCGACUCCAGGCUCGGGGUGGAGGAGGACCACCGGCGUCCUCCACGAGCCCUUCCACCUGUGCCAAGUGCUAUGCAAGAUGAUAUUCCACUUAGUCGUCCUAAGAAAAAGAAGCCCAGAGCAAAAACCCCGCUUGCCAGUGCUGCUUCGGAAGGUCUUGUUCAGACUGCUGCUCACAGGCCACCUGAGGGCAGCGAGCCACCAGCCCAAGACUCCAUAGAACGUCAAGAAGCUCCUGUUCAGCGGAGGCAGAAGAAAACAAGGCUACCUCUUGAAUUGGAGACUGCCUUUACCCAGAAGAAGACAGCUAGUCCAUCUUUAUUACCAAAUGAAAAUGGUAUCAAUGUGGAGCCAGAUGAGGAGCCAGUUAUUCAGAAACCUCGAAGAAAGAUGAAGAAAACCCAGCCAGCGGAAUUACAUUAUGCCAAUGAACUAGGAGUUGAAGAUGAAGACAUAAUUACUGAUGAGCAAAGUAGUCCAGAACAACAAUCUGUAUUCACUGCACCCACGGGCAUUAGCCAGCCUGUAGGCAAAGUGUUUGUGGAGAAAAGCAGGCGAUUCCAGGCUGCUGAUCGUUCAGAGUUGAUUAAGACCACAGAAAAGAUCGAUGUGUCGAUGGACAUGAAACCUUCCUGGACGACCAGAGAUGUUGCACUGUCGGUGCAUCGGGCUUUCCGGAUGAUUGGUGUCUUCUCCCAUGGCUUCCUGGCAGGCUGUGCUGUGUGGAACAUCGUUGUGAUCUAUGUUCUGGCAGGAGAUGAGCUUUCUGACCUCUCAAACCUUCUGCAACAAUACAAGACAUUAGCAUAUCCAUUCCAGAGUCUUCUCUACUUGCUUUUGGCUCUGAGUACAGUUUCAGCCUUUGACAGGAUUGACUUUGCUAAAACGUCAGUAGCAAUCCGAAAUUUUCUUGCUCUGGAUCCAAGAGCUUUAGCAUCUUUCUUGUACUUUACUGCUCUUAUAUUAUCUCUGAGUCAACAAAUGACAAGUGACAGGAUCCACCUUUACACACCUUCUUCUGUUAACGGCAGCCUCUGGGCAGAAGGAAUUGAGGAGCAGGUUCUCCAGCCAUGGAUUGUGGUGAAUCUGGUGGUGGCCCUUCUGGUUGGGUUAUCGUGGCUUUUUUUGUCUUACAGGCCAGGCAUGGAUCUUAGUGAAGAGUUGAUGUUCUCCUCAGAUGUGGAAGAAUAUCCUGAUAAAGGAAUCAAAGCCUCCUCAUAGUGCCAACUCACCUUCUGAGUAAUGACCUCGUAUUUAGAAUUUUUCCCAUUCUUGUUUUUAAAUGUAUUUUUAUAUAUGUACAGAUGUAUUUGGAAUUGAUUUUUGAUUAUAUAAUACUGAAACAUUUCUCAGGAUUAUGGAAAAUGUUAAAAUUGUAUCUGCAAUUUAUACCCAAACAUUAAUUUCUGUAGCAUUAUUGUCUUUAUGACGAAGGAGAUAAUGAACUAGAAACCAACAAGGUGAAAGUGUUUAUUUCCUGUUUUUUCAGAUUAGUUGCAUUUAUAAUCAUUAUCUUUAAAAGCAGUAAUAUAGUGCUUUUAAAAAGCCAUAACUUUAGUGUUACAAAAUAUCUAUCAGGUUUAAACAUAAAUUUAGAGAAUAGCGAAGAAGGGGAGGAAAAGGACCUUCAUUAUUUAUUUUUCAUGUUUCCUGACUGAAUAAAUUGAAAUGUGAAUUUUGUCAGUUUUGAAACUGGUUCAGUGGUUGUGUAUCAUGUAAUAAGUAAAAUGUAAUUUAGCUUGAAAGAUGGCUAAUAGGAAGGAAGUGUAACUUCUGUUUGAGAAGUUUUAUAAUUGUAAAAGCUUAUUUUUUUUUAAGACCUAUACCAGUAGCUCCCAUAUCUGCUUGCACAUCAGAAUCAUUUAGGGAGCUUUAAGAAACAUAUAUAGCAAAAGAGAAGCCAAGCUGGCCAAGAGCUCGGGAGAGUAAAGGAGAGGCCUAUGAGCUUAUUAAGUUAACACUCAUUUGACCUCUGCAGACCUUAUCCCCUGCCUCUUUUUUUAAAUGACAAGAAGUAUGAGUAGAAAUUCACCAUACCUGUUCCCAAGUUCUUUGUCAGAGAGAUCUUUGACCUUCAGGGAAAUCCCACUCUUCAGGUGGAUCCUGCAUGGUAAGAGAUCUCUUCAGAGCUCUAUCUAUUGGUGCCUCAGCUGAUAUGAGACUUAGAACUCAAGACAUGAAGGCUCACUGUGGGAAAAGAUGUCUCAGAGUCUCUUGGGCACCUCAGUGAAACUCAGCCUGCCCUGAUGAGCAACCCACUGAAUGCUGUGGAACAGUAGAGGACUGAGAAGCUGAUGGUGGAGCUGGGUGGCUCUGAGAAUAGGUCUCAAUUUGAUACACAUGCCAUACUAGGAAUAUCUUGCCUGUCUAUAAGGUAUUCUCCAGCUGUCAGGAGCUGCUGAAAAGGGAAUCCCCCUACUGUCACGUGUGUGUAUGUCUGUGUAUAUAUUAAGUUCUAUACAGUUUUAUCAAUUGUGUAUGUUUGUGUGUCUACCAAGUCUAAAAGCUGUAAGAAUCUCUCGUAACCCUUACCCCAAGACCUGGCAAUUACUAAUGUCUUCUAUUUCUUAAAUCUUAUAAUUUCAAUAGUAAGUGGAAUUAUACAAUAUGUAAUCUUUUGGGAUUAGCUUUACUCUGCUCAAUGUAUCCCCUGGAGAUUCACCCAUGUUGUAAGGCCAAAGUUCAUCCCUUUUUAUUGCAAAGUUACAUUGCAACGUAUUGAAGCUUAACCAUUGUCAAAGGACAUCUGAGCUGAUUCCACUUUUUUAUUUAUGAAUAAAACUACUAUGAAAA